UAUUUAUAGUUCUCAUAGAGACAGUUGAAAAUGGCGAACGUCAAAUAGAUAAUUAGAAAAAAAUGUUAAUUGUAAUAAUGCAUAAUUAUUUUCAUAUUCAAUCAAUAUCGUAGAUAAACGGUGGUGUAAAUUGGAAUUCGAUGACCUCCGACUACCGGGGUUAAUUGAAUUCCGCAUAAACUGAAGAGGACAUCCACUAUAUAAACCACAAGAAGUUGGUCGAAAGAUGUGCAUUCAGUUUGAAGCAAUCGCAAACGAUCAGCCAACAUUAACCUACACGCAAUGGCGCCAGCAAUCGAAGUAGUUUCCGAAGAGGUGAUCCUGGGCGAAGGACCGCAUUGGGAUGAGCAAUUGCAGUGUCUUUACUAUGUGGAUAUAUUCGGACAGGCCAUCCACAAAUUCGUGCCAUCUACCAAUUCGCACACCAAAGUAGUCAUUGAGGGCGGACCGGUGACUCUGCUGGUCCCGGUGGAAGGUACCACGGACCAAUUCCUGAUCAGCGUGGGUAGAAAAUUGGAGGUGGUCACUUGGGAUGGCAUUUCGAAGAAGGUGUCCAGACAAGAGCAUCUGCUGGAGGUGGAGACGGAAGCGGACGUGCGCGGAAACCGCUGGAACGACGGAAAGGCGGAUCCCGUCGGCCGUUUGUGGGCGGGUACCAUGGGACCGGAACCGGAAAUCGGAAAACUCGAGAAAGAAAAGGGAUCUCUAUACACGCUAAUUGCCAAACACAGAGUGCGCAAGCAUUUGGAAAAGGUGAGCAUCGCCAAUGGUUUGGCAUGGAACAUCAAGCUGAAGAGAAUGUACUACAUCGAUUCACCAAAAAGAACCGUUGACCAAUACGACUACGAUAUAACGAAGGGAGAAAUAAAGAAUUGCAAACCCAUCUUCGAUCUAGACAAACAUGAUAUCCCCGGCGUUCCCGACGGCAUGACCAUCGACACCGAUGGUAACCUUUGGGUUGCCGUCUUCGACGGCGGUAGAUUGUUGCACAUCAACCCCAACACCGGCAAGUUGAUUCAAACAAUCUACUUCCCUGCCAAACAGAUAACUGCUUGCGCUUUUGGAGGACCGAACAUGGACGUCCUCUACGUGACCAGUGCCAAGUUGGUGGUCAAGGGCGAGGAGCAACCGAAACCAGCAGGUGCUCUCUUUAGAGUCACCAGAACCGGAUGCAGAGGAAUUCCCGGAUACAAGGUGGAUCUGGAAAAACUCCACUGAGCAAUAGCACCGUAGAAAUAUUCAAUUUGUAGUAAUAACAAUAAAGCGUAAACAUUAUAG